UUUGGGGUUUUGCUAUUUGCUACUGUUUCUCUCUUCCUUUAUAAAACGGCUUCCGUCGUCAAUGGCGUGAACCUAAAACCUCCUCUUCUCUCUUUUCCAUUUUCACUCUCUCUCUCUCUCUCCCUCUCCUCUUCACUCUUUCUCCAUCGUUUUCACGCUUUUCUCGCCGUCCUUUAUCCUUAUCCGAUAGACCCAUCAAAAACCCAGAAUACAAAUAAACUAUAAAAAACACUUUCUUUCUUCUAUUGAAGAGAUCGAAAAACCCAGAGCCGCCGGUUACGCUCAGGAUUAUAAGUUGAAUUUUUGACUCGAUUAAAAAAAAAAAAACAGAAGGAAGAAGAUGAAGUAUGUGCUUGUAACCGGAGGAGUUGUUAGUGGAUUAGGCAAAGGAGUAACAGCAAGUAGUAUCGGUGUUCUCCUUAAAGCUUGUGGUCUUCGAAUUACUUCAAUUAAAAUCGAUCCUUAUCUAAACACUGAUGCUGGAACCAUGUCACCAUUUGAGCACGGUGAAGUGUUUGUCUUGGACGAUGGUGGUGAGGUGGAUCUUGAUCUUGGAAACUACGAGAGGUUCUUAGAUAUCAAAUUAACCAGAGACAAUAACAUCACCACAGGGAAAAUUUACCAGCAUGUAAUUUCUAAAGAAAGAAAAGGAGAUUAUUUGGGAAAGACUGUUCAGGUUGUUCCUCAUGUUACUGAUGCAAUUCAAGACUGGAUAGAGAGAGUUGCUGCUAUUCCUGUUGAUGGAAAGGAAGGUCCUGCUGAUGUUUGCGUCAUCGAGUUAGGAGGAACUAUAGGGGAUAUCGAAUCCGCGCCAUUUAUCGAGGCUCUUGGCCAAUUCUCUUACCGUGUUGGCCCAGGGAAUUUCUGUCUGGUCCACGUCAGCCUCGUGCCUGUGUUAAAUGUUGUUGGUGAACAGAAAACUAAGCCGACACAGCAUAGCGUCAGGGGGCUACGAGGCUUGGGUUUGAUACCGGAUAUCUUAGCUUGUCGGAGCACAAAGGCACUUGAAGAGAAUGUGAAAGAAAAGCUAGCUCAAUUUUGCCAUGUCCCGCUUGAGUAUAUCUUCACUCUCUAUGAUGUUCCCAACAUUUGGCACAUCCCUCUGUUGCUUAAGGUACCUUUUACUGAAUCUAAACUUGUAGUCGCUACUUCAGUUGUUAGAAUCAUCAAGAAAACAAAGCUCAAUGCGUAUACUCCCUUGAACGAACAGGAUCAGAAGGCUCACCUAGCAAUCUCGAAAGUUCUCAAUCUUGCUAGUGUUGUUAAAGAACCUUCUCUAGAGGAAUGGACUUCAAGAGCCGAAUUAUGCGACAACUUACAUGUGCCGGUGAGAAUCGCUGUUGUGGGGAAAUAUACAGGACUCUCUGAUGCAUAUCUCUCUGUCUUGAAGGCUCUCUUACAUGCUUCUGUCGCUUGUCGCAAGAAGCUAGUAGUUGAUUGGGUUCCAGCUUGUGAUCUCGAAAAGGAAACUGAGAAACAGAAUCCAGAUGCGUAUAAAGCUGCUUGGAAGUUGCUGAAGGGUGUAGAUGGGAUUCUUGUACCUGGAGGUUUUGGUGAUAGAGGAGUGGAAGGAAAGAUUCUUGCUGCGAAGUAUGCGCGCGAAAGCAAGAUCCCUUUCCUCGGUAUUUGUCUCGGGAUGCAAGUCGCUGUCAUCGAGUUCGCGAGAUCAGUUCUCUGCUUGCAAGACGCAAACAGCACAGAAUUUAAACCUGAUACUAAACAUCCAUGCAUCGUAUUCAUGCCUGAGAUCUCAAUUUGCUUUCUUGCUCGGUGGGUUUUAGGGUUCAAGAACUCAUAUGGGAGGCACUAUGCGACUAGGAUCAAGAAAAUCCAUCUUCAAUGUCAAAGACAGCAAAUCCGCAAAACUGUGAAUCCGGAUAUGGUUGAACGGCUAGAGAAAGCUGGUCUCUCUUUUGCUGCGAAAGAUGAAACUGGCAAACGCAUGGAGAUUGUUGAACUACCAAACCAUCCUUUCUUCAUCGGUGCUCAAUUCCAUCCAGAGUACAAAUCCAGACCAGGGAAAGCUUCUCCUCUGUUCUUAGGACUCAUUGCAGCAUCAUCUGGUGAGCUAGACACAGUCUUGAAUCCAGCUUCUGCUCAUCAACCUCUGGUUAGUAACGGUCCCAAAAACGUUUUCGCCAAUGGAACCUCCAAGAAAUCUCCCAAUGGCUUGGCUGAUGUAAGGUAUAAUAACGGAUACUGCAACGGCCUCUACACUAGAUAGCUGCAGCUGCAGACUCUUCUCCUUUUCUCUAUCUCUCUCCAUUAGCAUUGCUUCAUUUUGGAUUUAGUUUGAAAUUUGGUUUGCAUUUUUCUUUUUUUUUUUAUUGUUAUUAUAAACUUAGGAUCUUUCCCUCUGUACAUAUGAUUCAAGCUUUUUGUCAGGCUUUUAGACUCUUUAAAACAGAAUAUUUCUUCUGUGUGAAGACUCUAGAAACGUCUGAAAAUUGCGGUUGAUCACCCUGGUUUGUUGUUUUUUUUAUUCCAUCAAAAGGGAUGUCAUAUGAUCGUAUGUACCAUUGGAACAUUUUGUAUUUUGAAUGUGAAAGAAGCAUCUGAUGAAUAAAACUCAAAACAAAAUUUACCGUUCUUCUUUCUAAUUUAAACUAAAUUUUGAAAGUAUGAAGAGUUAUUAGA